CUGUCGAGGCGAGGCGGCGCGAGGCGAAGCUUCGAGUGGAACGUCUGUCGGCUCGGCGCUGCAGUUGUGCGCCGACACAGUCCACGCGAUGAGCUCGAAACCCUACCGAUGGUUUCUGACUCCUGACUCGCCCGCGGCGGCAGCGGCGGGAGGAAUAGGCGAGUCCGAGAAUGAGGCAAUUAACCCAUUCGGGAAGAAGCGCGGGAGCUGCGGUGAUUUAAAUCGGAGUACGAGUUGGGGCAAUCUAAGACAACGCUUCCCUCCGAAGAACAAGAUGACUUCCGUGCCCUUAAUUACCACCUCGUUGACAACACCGUCAGCGAUCCCGAUCUCGGUGUCGGACGUCGAUGUUGACCUCGACAUGUCCGUAACACAUUUCGAAAGUUCCGACGGUAUCUCGCUGCCCUUGUCCCAGGGCCUGAGUUCGAGCGCUUCGAGUCUGAAUCGGCUCUGCGUCCCGGGUCAAGGUCUGUCGAGCUCAGCGCCCGGCAGUCCCCGAGAACGGAAGCUGAGUCUACCGUCGUCACUCCAUCAACGACGACCGUCCCUCAGUGGGUACGCGGCCGCGGCGGAACAUGCAAGAGAAAGCGCGCGUCUCCGCAAACUCUCCAGCGUGGGAGCCUCCAUGUCACACAGACUUUCUACGACCAUAGGCUGGAAACCCGCGAUAGUGACCCCGGCCGAGGUUACGGAACAAGCGAAAGCCCUCUGCGGGAGAUACCUCCGAGCGAAACUGAGGUCCUGCGGGCCCAUGCAUAAAAAGCUAGGCUUGCAACGACUCAAGUCGGUCUCGAAUAUGUGCUCCGGAUACCCAACAACUGACGUCAGCACCAAACUUAGACUCAUCUGCCAGGAACUCGAGAGAACGCAUCCAGAAACGUUUCAGACGGUUGUCGGGAACAUCGGCGUGCAUUCUCUUCCGUCCGAGUCGGCUGUGCAGACAAUAUUCCAGUGCGUUGCGCGAGAACUAUUCCGCAAUGAUAUCUCUUGGGGGAGAAUAGCUGCAUUGUAUUCGCUCUCAGGGGGUCUGGCAAUAGAUUGCGUCAAGCUAGGACAUCCAGAGUACAUCAUGACGAUAGUGAAUGCGUUGGCGCUUUUCGUGGAGAGAGACCUCGCUUCGUGGAUAGCUCAGCAAGGCGGAUGGGGCUCAUUGAUAACGCGCUUCAAGUCCGAAUCCAGUCGUUCCCGUCUUCUGGAGGUCGGCCUACUAUGUGUCAUUGUGAUAUUAGUACUUAUAGCUGUCAGACACCUCAUCCUACGCUAAGUUUUAAAUCUCAUCCGAGACCGCUCUGGCCGAUCCCGGAGGAUGUUUCUUAUCCAAGAUCUUAUUUUCGCUCCUCCCGGUUAGAUUCUCGUGACUCCCAGCCGUGGAGUUGGGUAGACUUUGUAUCCUUUGUACAAUAGUUUGAGACAGGAGUUGCACACGGACGAGCGACAGAUGCGCUUCAGCCAGAAUCUGAUCGUUCUGAUUUAAUAAAGUUAUGUCUUGUCAACCC